AUGGACAUUAUAGUUAAAAAUAAUGACAUUAAGUUAAAAGAGUUACAGGAUGAGAUUUCUAAAUUGAAUAAUAGCAUUGUGAAUGAUGCAUUGUUUGCAUCCUAUCAUGAUAAAUACAAGAAAGUGUUGCAUGAUGUAGACAAAUUUGUAGGUAAAAAUGUUACUACUAAACAGCGCAAAGUUUUACAUGAUACAGAAGAAUAUAAAUGUAAUAAGGCAUAUCCAGAUGUAGUGAAUAAUGGUUCCCAUGUUAUUGAAGACAGGGUUUCUAGGAAUGAACGAGGGAGUGAUAUGAAUUUGAUGUUGGAAUAUAAGUGCACUGACUGCAAGGCCCUUGCUUAUAAUUACACUGCCUUCCCAGCAUAUGAAAUCUCAAAAGGUUUAACCAGCUUCCUAGCUGGUGUUAUGUUCUUUACAACCUUCAUGGACAUUCUUGGAAAUCUGCUAGUGAUUCUGUCUGUCUUGGCAAACAAGAAACUCAGAAAUGCUGGUAAUAUGUUUGUCAUCAGUCUGUCUGCGGCAGACAUCAUAGUAGCUGUAUAUCCCUAUCCUUUACUUAUUGGUGCCAUUUUACAAAACCAGUGGACGUUUGGAAAUACACAAUGUCAGAUUUCAGCAUUGAUUCAUGCUCUUAGUUUCAUUGGCUCUGUCUAUAAUAUAAUGGCCAUAGCAAUCAAUCGAUGGUUCUACAUUUGCCAUAGUUCCAAGUAUAACAGCCUCUUUAGCAUGAAAACGACUUGCUUUUAUAUUUUUCUUGCAUGGGCAUUUAGCAUUUUGCUAGUUUUACCAGCUUUUUUCCUAGGUGCAUUACAGUACCAUCCCCACGUUUAUUCUUGUACAUUUAUCUUUACAGCAAAUGUAUCAUUAACUAUUAGUGCUGCAGUUGUUCAUUUUAUUAUACCAGUUACAGUUGUCAUUUACUGCUAUGUGCACAUUUGGGUCCUGGUCAUUCAAGUUAAGUACCGUAUUAGACAGGAAAGCAAACAAAAGCUGAAACCAUCAGAAGUACGUAACUUCUUAACCAUGUUUGCUGUAUUUGUUCUUUUUGCAGUUUGCUGGGGUCCAUUCAGUGUUCCUGCUCUAAUUGUGGGAUUUAGUCCACCAGGAAAGGCACCUCAAUUUCCAGACUGGCUGUUUGUUGUAGGUUACUUUACAGCUUGUUUCAAUAGCUGCCUCAAUGGUAUGGUUUAUGUAGUUUUUAAUCAGAACUUCCGUCAGGAAUACAAAAGAAUACUAUGGUCUCUGUGUAGAUUUAUACUCAGAAGGUAUGUGUCAGUUAUAGGUCACAUUAAAGGUAGAAAAAGGUUUGAAAUGAUGUACAGUGCAACAUGGCCAAUGGGAGACUGUGACACCAGGGAAGCAAAAUGUCCCACCGUGGAGGAAUUUGAACAGUUACAACAAUCCAACAAUGAUGCAGGUAGCCGAAACUUUGAAUCAAGCCAGUGUUUACCCUUUGUUUUGCAGAGGGAAGAAUCAGGAAUGGCAUUGAAUAUACAGGUAAUGCCUAUGGAUUUUAAAAUAUACAACUUGUCAAAGAGGGUUUUCACAGAAGCAGAGAAUAACUUACUAAAAAAAGGUUUGUGCCCUCCAGAAGAGUGGACAUUGUGGACACUGUUGUUAAUUUAA